UCUCUUUCUCUCUCUUGAACUCUACUUUAUUCCCUCUCCUCAGCUCUCCUCUAAAAAGAAGACAUCCUCCAUCGAUCCUCCUUGUGUUCAGAAAUCUGCUCUUUCUUUCUUCUUCCUGCAUAUCCCAGUUCUUGUUUUUAGCUUAAGAUUAAGGAAAGGAGCGUAUUUGUUGAGUAGAUAGGGAGAGAGAGUUUAGUUUCUUGAUUUCUUGCUACGGCUGCUUCAUUUGUUUACGUGAAAUUUAAGAGGGUAUGGCUUCUCCAUCUGAGCUAACCCUGGAUUGCAAACCCCACAGCUAUUCUAUGCUAUUGAAAUCUUUUGGGGACCAGAAUGAUCACCAGACUCAAAAACUUGAAGAGUUUCUCUCUCGCCUUGAGGAAGAAAGGCUAAAGAUCGAUGCAUUCAAGCGCGAGUUACCACUUUGCAUGCAGCUUCUCACCAACGCUGUAGAGACUUCAAGGCAGCAACUACAAUCCUACAGAGCAAAUCAAGGGCCAAGGCCAGUCCUUGAAGAAUUCAUACCACUCAAAAACUCUACUUCUGAAACCUUGGAUAACUCAUCAAACAUCUCUGAUAAGGCAAACUGGAUGACUACAGCGCAACUCUGGAGCCAAGAAAGCAACGAAACUAAACUUCAAACCACGUUAAACACUUUCCCCAAGAAAACUAAUAUAGGAUUCAGCGUUAGUCCCAAGAUAAGUUUAGACACCAAACAAAGAAAUGGAGGAGCUUUCCUUCCAUUCUCAAAAGAACGAAACUUAUGUCCAAGCCCAAUCUUAGCCCUUGCUUCUACUGAACCAGAAAUGGAAGACCAGAAAUGUUUGGAAACCGAGAAUGGAUUUUCUUGUCCAAAGAGGGGGAAUUCUGAAAAAAUUGGCAAUAAUAAUGGUGGGGUAGUAGUGAUUGAGCAAGGAAAAGGAACUGGUAAUUCUUCAUCUGAUGGGCAAGCAACAAAUACAGGGACAGGUAAUUGUACAAAUAAUACAACUACUAGCACUACAACAAGCAGUCAAGCUCAUAGGAAGGCGAGGAGGUGUUGGUCCCCAGAUUUGCACCGAAGAUUCGUGAAUGCUCUGCAAAUGCUUGGCGGUUCUCAAGUGGCCACACCAAAACAAAUAAGAGAGCUCAUGAAGGUUGACGGUUUGACCAAUGAUGAAGUUAAAAGCCAUCUGCAGAAAUAUAGGCUUCACACACGGAGACCCAGUCCAAGCCCACAGGCAACUGGAGCCCCAGCACGGCUCGUCGUUCUAGGAGGCAUAUGGGUCCCACCGGAGUAUGCCACCGCAGCUGCAGCAGCUCACACCGGGGCACCUACCCUUUAUGGCGCCCAUCCAGCUUCCCAUGCACCGCCACCUCACUUUUGUGCUGCACCACCUAUGCCUCAAGACUUUUACACUACAGCAGCAGCAGCAGCUCCAUCUUCGCCGCAGCCAACUCACCACCAAAUGCACCAUCACCACCAUACACUUCACCAACUCCAUAUGUACAAGGCUACAUCACAGGCUCAUAGCUCGCCGGAGUCUGACGUAAGAGGUGGAGACCGGUCUGAAAGCAUUGAAGACGGCAAGUCAGAGAGCAGCAGCUGGAAGAGCGGCGAGAAUGGUGGAGACAGAAAAGGGUUGGCUUCAUUGAGGGAAGACGGUGAUGACAGCAACGGCAGUGAGAUCAGUCUCAAGCCCCUGCGGUAUUAGGGUUAGGGUUUAGGAUUAGGUUAAUCUAGAAGUUUGAUUCUAUAGACUUACUACCAAAAAAAAAAAAAAUUGAGCGAGAGAGAGAGAGAGAGAGAGGGGUAAAAAGGGUAUAACGAUAAAGUGAGUGUUUGUUUUGUCGGACCUCUUGGUAACGUCGUCCAUGCAAAUGAUUGAAACAUUAGUUUCAUUUUUUUGGCUUCUAGCGAUAUUCUGGCCAAUUCGUCUCAUGGACAGAUUUGCCCUUAUCAUUACAAAAUGACUGUCGGCACAAGGGAAAUUGAAUGGAAAAGACUCAUUAAUCCUUUUAUCCA